UAAACCAUUCCAAUUCUACAACCAAAAAAGAAUCUAUACUAUUCCAUCUCCAGUUUUCAAUUUUGCCACUCAACAAUGGUUCUCUCAAAAACCGCCUCGAAUACCGACGUCUCCAUCCACUCCACCUUCGCCUCCCGAUAUGUCUGCAACUCCCUCCCUAGGUUUCAGAUGCCUGAGAACUCGAUCCCAAAGGAGGCGGCGUAUCAAAUCAUAAACGAUGAGCUCAUGCUUGAUGGCAAUCCGAGGUUGAAUUUGGCGUCGUUCGUGACAACAUGGAUGGAGCCAGAGUGUGACAAGCUUAUUAUGGAUGCCAUCAACAAAAAUUACGUUGACAUGGAUGAGUACCCUGUCACAACUGAGUUGCAGAAUCGAUGCGUAAACAUGAUAGCGCACCUGUUCAAUGCCCCGCUGGGGGAGGGAGAGGCCGCGGUGGGCGUGGGCACGGUGGGUUCGUCAGAGGCCAUCAUGCUCGCGGGACUCGCCUUCAAGAGGAGAUGGCAAAACAAGAUGAAGCAGCUCGGCAAGCCCUUCGACAAGCCCAACAUCGUCACGGGCGCCAACGUCCAAGUCUGCUGGGAGAAAUUCGCCCGUUACUUUGAAGUCGAGCUCAAGGAAGUCAAGCUCAGAGACGGCUACUACGUCAUGGAUCCCGAGAAGGCCGCCGAGAUGGUGGACGAGAACACCAUUUGCGUGGCCGCCAUCCUCGGCUCCACCCUCAACGGAGAGUUCGAAGACGUCAAGCGCCUCAACGACCUCUUAGUUGAGAAGAACAAACAAACAGGAUGGGACACACCUAUCCAUGUGGAUGCAGCUAGUGGUGGAUUUAUUGCACCAUUUUUGUACCCUGAAUUGGAGUGGGACUUCAGAUUGCCAUUGGUGAAGAGUAUUAAUGUGAGUGGCCACAAAUAUGGGCUUGUUUAUGCAGGAAUUGGGUGGGCUAUUUGGAGAAGCAAAGAGGAUUUACCUGAAGAACUUAUCUUCCAUAUUAAUUACCUUGGUGCUGAUCAACCCACUUUCACUCUCAAUUUCUCCAAAGGUUCGAGUCAAGUUAUUGCUCAAUAUUACCAACUCAUCCGCUUAGGCAAUGAGGGGUACCGUAAUAUAAUGGAGAACUGCCAAGAAAACGCAAUGGUGCUGAAGGAAGGACUGGAGAAGACCGGGCGGUUCAACAUCGUGUCGAAGGACAAGGGCGUGCCCUUGGUGGCGUUCAGCCUCAAGGACAGCAGCCGCCACACUGAGUUUGAGAUCUCUGAGAUGCUCCGCCGCUUUGGCUGGAUCGUCCCCGCCUAUACCAUGCCGGCCGACGCGCAGCACGUGACCGUGCUGCGUGUGGUGAUCCGCGAGGACUUCUCGAGGACCCUGGCAGAGAGGCUGGUCAUGGACAUUGAGAAGGUCCUGCAUGAGCUUGACACCCUCCCUGCCAGGGUCACCGCGAAGCUCACAGCGGCCGUGGCUGUGGAGGAGAACAACCACCAUGCGCCAACGGUUAAGAAGACUGUAAUCGAGUUGCAGAGGGAGAUCACGGCGACUUGGAGGAAGUUUGUUGCUGAGAAGAAGAGGACUAACGGAGUGUGCUAAGUUGCACUAUAGAAGAUAUCACAAUUUUAUUACUAAUUGGCUGCUUCAGUUAUUUUAUUUGUUUUUUGUUUUGUUUUGUAACGUUAAUUGUGUGUGCGGUACCCCUUUAUCUACUUGUAUCAAUUAUGUUCUGAUUAAUAUACCAUGAAAACGCCGAUUUAUUGA